CUCAGUAGCUAACACUCUCCAACACACUCCCCUUUCACGCUGAUUGGCUCCUAGGGACAACCGUUGUGGCGGCAGAAGUUGCAGGUGGGAAGAACUGAGGCGUGUGGUGAUGACAACGGAGGGCAAGGCCUUUAAAAUUUCUCCAGGGAAAAAGAGAGAGAUCUAGUGAGUGCAAAACGUGCUGGGGAUGAAAAGGGUCCAAUGGCGAUCAAGAGGCACUGCAGCCCAGAUUCAGGAGACCUAGGAAGGACUGUCACAAAGAGAAGCGACAGAAAUUUCAGGGAGAAUCUCCUCUCCUGAGCGAGAUAUAGCCCGAUUUUGUUUGUCAAGUCUUUCCUUAACUGGAGGGCUUUAAGCUGCGGCUCAGAGCGAAAGCCAUUGAAUCGUGGUACUGAGAGGUAGCCCCGUUUCCAGUCCUGAGAGAGAACAUGGAUGCAGCAGAGCAAGCCGAUCUUUUGGCCCUGGGUCUCGAGUUCGAGGCUACGCUAGAGCAGGAAGAGAGAUUGGGACAGCAAGAUGCGGCAGGCGAAGCAAAGAGGAGGGCAGGGGAAAGUGCUCAGGCUAGCCAGGCUGUGCGUGGCAGAGAAGCCUGGAGAAAAAUGGUGCCCGAGAUCCCAUAUCAAGACCCUGUAAAUUCAGGCGUGGGAGGCCAGCGGUUCAGGCGUUUCAGGUACCAGGAGGCCAGGGCCCCCCGCAAGGUUUGCAGCCGACUCUGGGACCUUUGCUGUCAGUGGCUGAAGCCGGAGAAGCACACCAAGGAGCAGAUCCUGGAGCUGGUGAUUCUGGAGCAGUUUCUGACUGUCCUGCCCCCGGAGAUGGAGACCUGGGUCAGGAGAGGUGGCCCGGGGAGCUGCGUCCAGGCUGUAACCCUAGCUGAAGAUUUUCUGCUGAAACAGCAAGAGGACAGGAUGCGGUUAUUGCUGGUGCAAGAGCCAGUCAUAGAGGUGACCGAUAAUUUCUCUGAGGCAAAGAAAACUCUGUUGAACGACCUUGACGGGCUGGAACACUGGGCCGAAACCGGAGCUAUGAAAUUCAACAGAAAUAAAUGUAAAGUCCUGCACUUAGGCAGUGAAAUGGCAUCAGAGGGACAUUCUGAAUCCUCUCCUUUUUCUGUUGGAGGGGAAAAAGCUGCCAGCCAGCCAGCUCAGGGCCCAGUGACUUUUGAGGAGGUGUCUAUGCGUUUCACGGAGGAGGAGUGGGCCCUGCUGGAUCCAGGCCAGAGAGCCUUGUACAGGGAGGUCAUGCUGAAGAAUUAUGGGAUGGUGGCCUCUCUGGAAUCCCUGCUGAUUCCCAAACCUGAUCUCAUCUGCUGGUUGGAGGAGGAAGAGCUCAGUGAUAGGUGCACAGAGGAAGGGGAGACCCUGGCAGGAUGGAAAGGAGAGAAUGAGCUUGAAAUUUUUGAGGAUUUUGCAGAGAGAACUGAGAGUCAAGAUGUGAAAGAGAUUUUUGUGAACGAAGAUGACCAGAAGCUGCAAGUUGAAAAACCAACAGUGAAGUGGAAGGAUGCAUUCCUUUAUUCGCAGGAUAUGCAACUUCAUGAAAUCUCAUUCCAAAAGGAAGAAUGCAAAGGAAGGAGAAGGAAUGAGUGCACUCUGUGUGGACAGAUCUUCACUCACAAAUCGAGUCUUGUUACUCAUCAGAGAAUUCACACAGGUGAGAGACCGUAUAAAUGCACAGAGUGUGGAAAGAGCUUCAACCGAAGAACACGACUGACUUCACAUCGAAGGCUGCACACAGGGGAGAAACUGUAUAACUGUUCAGACUGUAGCAAGAGCUUUUGUGAAAAAUCAAGCCUUAAUGCCCAUCAGAGAAUCCACACAGGAGAGAGACCCUAUAAAUGCUUGAACUGUGGGAAAAGCUUCAGCCGUAGCUCAAACCUUAUUGCUCACCAGAAAAUUCAUACAAGACCAAAACCCCGUAAUCACUCAAAAGGUAGCAAGAGCUCUUCUGUUCAGUCUAAGCAUAUUUCACAGGAGAGAAUUCAUACAGGAGAGGAGGAUCUGUGCAGUUCCUUGAUUGAUUCAAGUCUUAUUGGACAUCCAGAAAUCUAUGCAGAAGAAGAUCUUUAUAAAUGUUUCGACUGUGGGGAAAACUUUAGUAAGAGCUCAAACCUUUUUACACAUCAGAGAAUUCACUUAGAAGAUAAACCAUAUAACUUCUGUAGCGAUGGCUUUUCAGACAAAUCCAACCUUAUGGCACAUCAAGGUAUUCACUCAGGAGAAAAAACAUUUAAAUGCUCAGUGUGUGAAAAGAGCUUCAGUCGAAACUGGAGCCUCAUUACACAUCAAAGAUACCACAAAGGAGAGAAACCGUAUAAAUGCUUGGACUGCAGCGAAAGCUUUUGCGACAAAUCGAGUCUUAUUCGGCACCAGAGAAUCCACACAGGAGAGAAACUAUAUAAAUGCUUUAUUUGUGAGAAAAGCUUUAAUCAGAGCACAAACCUUUUUACCCACCAGAGAAUUCACACAGGAGAAAAACCGUACAAAUGUUUAGAAUGUGGGAAAAGCUUUAAUCAGAGCUCGCAUCUUAUCAGACAUCAGAGGCUUCACACAGGAGAGAAACCGUACAAAUGUUCAGAAUGUGGAAAAAGCUUCACUCAGAGUCCAAAUCUCAUCAGGCACUGGAAAAUCCAUGCUAGAGAAAACACAUAGCAAUGAGUUUUUGACUGUGUGAAAGAGCGUCGGUCAGAGCACAAGAGAAAGACACUUUAGAUAAGCCAAGAGAUCACACAGAUUAGAGGUGAUAGAUAUGGUCAUGCUGCAGAAUGAUUUCAUGUGCAUGCAACGUUUUACUAGAUCCCUCAGGUUUUUCCUCUGGACACUGCAGUCCCAUCUUAAUAGUAUAAGAAAGGUAGAGUGUAGAGCUGGAAGCAUGAAAUGUUCUGAGUUUUCUUUUUUUAAAAAAGAUCAACAUAGUGCCUAAAGAGAUAAGAAGAGCCAGACUAGAUGGCCCUUUUUAGAACGUUUGUACCAGUUUCUGUUUAAUACGUUUAUUUCUUGUUGAAAAUAAGAUCUUUCCAUGGCAUAGUGGUUGGAGUGCUGGACUACAACCUGGGAGACCAGGGUUCGAAUCCCCACGCAGCCAUGAAGCUCACUGGGUGACCUUGGGCCAGUCACUGCCUCUCAGCCUCAGAGGAAGGCAAUGGUAAACCCCCUCUGAACACCGCUUACCAUGAAAACCCUAUUCGUAGGGUUGCCAUAAGUCAAGAUUGACUUGAAGGCAGCCCAUUUCCCCUCUCCCUAGCUGCACAAAGAAGUAUGAAUUUCUUACAAGAUCAAUGGUGAAAGUUAGUUUAGUGUCAUGUUCUCUCUGCCAUGGCUGCUCGGCUUGGAUUCCCCAUUUUCCCAGAUGUGCAGCAGGUGCAAGGCGGCUGAACUAGAGCACAAGACUAGCAGCUGGUCAAAAGGAGAUGUCAAUCCAGCAACAGCUAGGGGGCAAGUGAAAGGUUUAAGAAAGGAAACCCUAGUGCCCAGUCCCUUCCUGGAGCUUCAGCGGGACCAUGAUCCAGAAGACAAGAAGGGCUCAGAGACAGGAAGGUUCCCCUGCUGCUAAAUAUAAUCUGUGCCUUCCAGUCUGAACUUCAGACUCGUCCCGUCUUUGCUCUUGGGGUCCUGGGGAUGAUUGUGGAGGCUCCGGAGUAGUUGUAUGUCUGCAGCCAGAGAGUGUGUCGGAUCCCUCUCACAUCUCUGGGUGGUGUUCUCUUGUCCCAGUAGAUGCUGUGCGGAGCAGGCGUUGGUGUCCUUCUGAGAAAAAGGACCUUUUGUUCUGUACCUGGGCUGAUCUGUCAAGCACAGUUCUCAGAGA